AUGGCAAGGCUCACUAGGCUGGGACAUGGACCUAGGAUGAGGAUGCGCUAUGCGCUCAAUGCCCCCAUUGCGGCUCUCAAAGCUGUGGCCAAGAAACAACUAAGCCAAUGGGUAUUGUCGCAUGCGGGCUCAGGACGUUCGACCCUCGUCGAAGACGGGCAGGAGAUUCAGAAGAUGCCUAUCUCCGAGAGGACUGAGGGGUAUGCACCGGCGCUUAUCAAGGGCAGAGUCGCAAGCGAUGACGUGAAACCUUUUCUAGCUCCAGAUACCGAGCGUCAGCUGCUUUCGCCUGAGCUCGCUUAG